AUGCUGAAUCGAACACAAGGACAACUUGGUGUGAACUCGCACAGUUUGAGGUUUUCGCAUCUAUGGUUUGCAAGUAUUCAGAUACAAAGGUUUUGCAAGAUGUCAUCACGCAGUUCAUUGCCGUCUGCCAUCUCCCAUGAUCACCAUAUCCAAGACUUGCGUGGUUUACUUGAAGGAAUGACGCUAUCCGAUUCAUCGCCAGAUACCAUUACUUGGAGCUGGAAGACUGUCACCGAGUCUAUCACACUGUCCAGAUCACACUCACACUCGCACUCGCACUCACACUUGCACUUGCACACCUCACACCUCACUGAUGGUUCUCCCCUCAGAAAAACAACUUCAGUACACUCUUUGUCACCCGAAAGCCCUCCACCAUCGCAAACACAAUCUUCCAUAGUCACACUUCCUUCUGUGCCGGAUACACAGUUCCCCUUCUAUGGUGUUGUCAUUGAGAUCCAAGCGCCGCAUGCAGGAAUUGACCCGGAAGGUUUCUGUGUCGUCACUGUGGGACAAGAAGUAGGAAUCUUCUACAUCUGGGCCGAUGUCGCUGUACGAACCAAUUCCCUGGUGGACCUUUCUGGCUGUCUCCGCCUUCGCCCACCUCGUCCUCCACAUCAGAUGACCUGUGGUCACAGGUGGAGGACUUGUUGGGUACCAUGA